GUAAAAGAGCACUCACCAGACACAGGCGGCUAAUUUUAGGGGCGAGCGGCGUUAGAACAACCAGCUGCUCUCGUCCCUCACUGAGCGCCGUGCUGUGGGGGUGAAGGGACGCCGGACGCUCGCAGUCGGUUGGAGGAGCGCUCUGUGUCUGUGGCAGAAUGUCAGGGAGCAACCAAGACCUGGUGCUCAUUAAAGAACUGGAGGACAUCUUGGAUUCCUGCACGCUGGAGCUCACCCCGGUGGAUGAAGUCUGGCCCAACCUGUACAUAGGGAACGUGGCCGUUGCGCAGAAUAGGAAGAAGUUACAGAAACUUGGCAUCACUCAUGUGCUGAAUGCCGCGCACUCCAAGCAGGGCAGCAUCGGUGACCAGAGUUUUUAUGGGAACACAUGCGUCUACUUUGGCAUCCCGGCCGAGGAUUCGGACCGGUUCGAUCUCAGUCAGUACCUAAAAGCAGCGGCUGACUUCAUACACAGAGGGCUGAAGAGCAAAGAUGGCAAGGUGCUGGUGCAUUGCAUCAUGGGCAUGAGCCGAUCUGCCACUCUGGUCCUGGCUUAUUUCAUGUUGAGGCAGCGUCUCCGCCUCAGAGAUGCUUUGAGGCACGUCGUCCAAAAGCGAGCCAUUUAUCCAAACCGGAAUUUCCUGUCGCUCCUCCUCAAGAUGGAUGAACAGCUGACUCACAAACGGCGUUUGUGUCCUCUUUUCUGACAUCACUCCCUCAUUUUUUUACCUUCACUAAAUUACAAAAACUAUUACAGAAAGUAGACACAAUAUUAUUUCCGUCAAUUAGUUCUACGGUUGUCUACUUUUCAUGCACAACUUUAACUUAGGAGUGUAGCAGCAACAGUGUUGUGAAUAUUGUAAAUGUCGGUAUCCAAUGUCUAAGAGUUUUUUUUUAAUAUUUAAAUUGUAUUCAAAACGUAACCUUGUGUUUGUCUGGCAUGUGUACAAGCUUUGUAAAAACACCUUUAUGAUGUCGUUUUGAAUAUACGUCAAAACAUUUUAUGAUAUCUCAUUUAAAUAUUAUGGCUGGAUGGAUAUAGGAGUGUUUGCACAAACAUAACAGUUCGCUAUUCAAAUUUUUUUUCCAAAUAAUUUCAUAUAACCAAUGUAAUGUUUUCACAGAUCAAACACUAACUUGUUUAAUUUAAACCAAGAUUGUACUAUUGCUUAUAGUUGCAUUACAAAUUGGACGGAUUAACAAAGUGGGAAGUCAGGAUUCAUCAGAUUGCAAUGCAGAACAAUUCAAUAAAUUAACUUUUAAAUUAAUAUAAACUGAUGAAAAAUGAAAUCUAGCCUCAAAGGAUUUCAACCUGCAGCUGACAGUCACUGUUGUGCUUCACAAACAUCUGAAGGAGCAGUGAGAGCGCUGCACCUACAGUUGAGUGUUGUUCAACCAAGGCCAAAUGUACCUUUUAUUUUAUCUUUGUGUUACACAAUGCAUCGACCAUAACCUUUAUGAUUGAUUCACGCCAAAUGAUUUAGUAGCCUAGAUGUUGACACAAGAUACUGCUGAAGUUAACACGUCACUGGUGAAUGUCACACACAGAGCUGAUCAUAUUUCUUUAGAGCUGCAGGCGUUACGCUUCAACAUGGAGACAAAAACCAAGCAUAAUAUAACAGCUUCAUGGAAAGUAAGCCAGUGAUGUGAUGCUAAAAGUCACAGGGUAAUACAUGUUGUAUAAUAAAAAGGAUUAGACAUGUUUUGAAGUACCUGAACUGCUGCAUUAUGCAUAAGUGUCUUAUUACAGAGUUAUUAAAGGAAAAGCUGGGAAGUAGGUGAAGGUGUUUUUAGAGAAAUAUGAGCAGGUGCAGGAAGAGAAGAGCGUGUGCUGCUUUGAAAGUAAACUGGAUGAUUCAGAGUGGAAAUAGUCUGUUCAGGGAUCUGUUUUCUCAGUCUGUUGCUUCACACCAGAUGAUUGUAUGCGCCACGUUUUUUUUUAAGACAAAGUCAUUGUGAGAAGUAAACGCCCAGGGUGAGUUUUUCUGGUAUUUGCAUGCCAGUAUGUCCCUUAUGGUUCCCACGUAUCAACCUCCGUCUGCCUCAGAGCUGCAGGAGUUCCUGUUGGCACAGAGACAAUCCACAGGACAUGCCAAUCAAGUAUGGCCUAACUUUUACAUUGCCAACGAGUAAUUUAUUGCAUAUUAAUGAAAUCCAAUACACCAUAGAGUCUAAUUACCAAACGCCUAUAAUUAUAUUGUUUGUUAAAUUCUGUCAUUAGUGAUGGUGUUCUUCUGGACUACAUUACACUGAGAUGAGAUGAUGUUUCUAAUAUUCUGCCUCAAGUGUGCAAAAUAAGGUGCAUAUUUAGGGCUGAAGGUAACAGGGAAUGUCCCUGUCCCGGGACGGGUAAAUGUAUUCACUGUAUGAUGGGCGCAAGCUGUUUUCCAACCCUGGUGCUGGCCGACCUGAUGAUGGAUGGGAGGAUCCAGCAGGGCAGAGUUCUACAUGUUCUACAGCUACCUGGAAAGUGGAGGACACGGCGUUAACGCUGCAGAACAUCCAGCUCGACCCGCGACCUUUCUUCAACCCCCAAUUCUAAAAUGUUUAGGAACUACAGGCUGAUGUCAAAUCCUUGUUAAUAACUACUUAUUUUUAUGUAAUUUUCAACUGCACAGAUUAGUGGUGGGAGCAAUCUUAACUUUUCCUCUGUUACUCUGCUCAUCUUUAUUCUAAAGACAUUAUACUUCUUUACCAUUUCCUUUCCCUGAUAUUGUUGUAAUAAUUUAUUUUUCAAUAUUAAUUUAACAUUUUUACUACCAACUGGGGUCUGUUAAAUCUGUCAGAACAAAAAACAAAUACACAAAUACACAGUAACAAUUUCUAAAUUAAAAAACACUAAGAAUAAUUAAGUUAAUGUUGAAAAAAUAUUAUGGGUUAUAAAUGGUUUGAGGGCAUCAAACAUGUUGAACAAGUGUAACUUUUCACACAAGAUAUUUUGACAUGUAAAAAAAACAGGUGUAAAUGAAAUAAUUAAUGAUCAGCUUGAGAUGACCAGGGCAGACACUAUUUUGACAAGGCUGAUGACAAAUUUGACAAUUUCUUUGUAAAAGUGCUGUCAGACAUGCUGAUCCAUGCUGGUCUUGGUUUGUCCCGACGUCCCCGGGCCUGUGGUGGGUUGCAGGCCGGUCGGUCGGCGUGCGACUGAACCGCGACUCGUCUCUGGAUUCCUGGAGCAGCUGAGACAGAAGCAGCCAAGCCUCGGUCUCCACAGUAUGCAGAUCACAGAGGAGGACCACACUGGCACAUCAUGACGGAGCAUGACCUUUCACCCUUGUCAGGCACCUGUUCAAUUUAAAUGCACAUUUUGGGAAACGAAAAUCAAAUCGGAAAAAUGGAAAUGCCAUCUCUGUG